AUGCACGGAUUAAACAGUAAAGAAGAAAUGGAAAACUCUGAAGACAAUAAAGUCAAUAGCCCACAAGAUGCCGAGCGAACAUAUCAAAACGGCUCCGCGAAAACUCAUGAAAAUGCUGAGAAUCAGUUCGAAAAGGUUUACGACGAAGAGAAGUCUGAACAGGAACCCGCAGCGCAACAAGAAAGAAUUGAAAGCGUUCCAGACGGUAAAACAAAUAAGGACGCCAAGCCUGAGAAAAAAGCCGAACCCGCUCCUAGAGUGAAUCCGAAUGAUAAUAGAACCGGACGUGGGAUCAGUAGGGAAACUACGGACGAGAAUAAAACUUACUCCUUUGAGCGAAUUCAAAAUACUUUGAAUUCAAUGAACUCACGAGCUCAAUAUCUCGUGGAAUGGGAGAAUACAGUUCACUCGGGAACAGCUUUAGGCGCGAUUCUCACAUUUCUGAUCUUCACCGCCUACUAUUCAUUGUUCAAUACUUUUUGUUUCUUGGCGAUAGUCUUGAUAGGCGCUGAUUGGGCAUACGUGUUUUUAACCAAGCAAUUCAAAACCUUGUUCAACCAAGAUGCUGUGAAUCCUCACGAUAAAUUUAUACAGCAUCCGCCUCACAUCUCACGAGAACUUGUCAGGGAAUAUACUGACCUAUGGGUCGAUAUUCUUAAUUUUCUGUUAGCAGAAGGCACUAAAAUUGUAUUUGUGCAAGAUCCAUAUCGAAGCAUAAAGUAUGUUGUUCUCUUCUAUCUUACAUGGACAGUGGCCUGUUGGUUCUCUUUCCGCUUUCUGCUUGGGACUGCGGCUGUUCUCGCCUUCGCAGUGCCGAAACUAUACAAACAAAACAAAGAAUUGGUUGAUAAAUAUCUUGAUGAUGGGUAUGCAGUAGUCCGUCAAAAUGUUGACAAGGGAACAGAAUACGUAACGCCAUAUCUUGGUAAAAUGAAAAACCUUGCUGCUAACGGUAUCGGUCAAGGCGCAAAAAUUAAACCUCCCCAGCCUAUCACCCUUUAUUAUGCUACUGUAUGUCCAUUUGCUCAACGUACACGAAUCGCGCUGAAAGAAGUCAAUUUUGCGCAUGAACAUGUUGAAAUCGAUCUACAAAAUAAACCGGCGUGGUACAAGGACAUAAACGCCUCGGAAAAAGUCCCGGUUAUUAAAUACGGAGACACGAUUUUAUCUGAGAGCUUGGUGCUUGUAGAUUUUAUCGCGGAAUUGGCUCAAGAGACUCCCAAUUUUCUUCCAAAAGAUCCGGUUCAGCGAGCACAAGCACGGAUAUUUACCGAAUUUUUUGGUAACAAGUUCAUGUCGGUAUAUUGGCCUUUAAUAAAAAACCAGGAUGAUGAAAAAAUUCCAGAAUUGACGGAAAAAUUGCUUGCUGUUAUAAACGACUAUCUGGUAAAACAAUCACCUUCCGGCCCUUACUUUCUCGGGGAUGCAUUCUCGACUGCAGAUCUCAAUUCGGCACCAUUCGCCGCGCGUCUAAACAUCGCACUUGAAGUCGGUAUUAUUCGUGGCAAUAUCAAGAUUCCCACAGGCGAAGGCUACGACCGGUAUCAUCAGUGGGUUAAGGCGAUCACUUCGCGUAAGAGUGUCAAGGAAACUUUACCAAUGGCUACGGAAUUGGUUACUGCUUACAACCGAUAUAGGAAUAAGUCGGAUCAGUAA